UGCUCGGCUCCCGCGGCGGCGGCUACGGCGGCGGCGGUGGCGGCGGCGCUUCCGCCUGGCCGGCCUCGGCCCGGUGCGAGCGGCCCCACGAUGUGGCUGGGCCCGGAGGAGGUGCUGGUGGCCAACGCUCUGUGGGUGACGGAGCGGGCCAACCCCUUCUUCGUGCUGCAGCGGCGCCGCGGCCACGGCAAGGGUGGCGGCCUCACGGAGGUCCCCCGAGCUGCUGCUGGCCUCAGCCUCCAUCCUUCCAGUCGAUCUCUCCUCGGCCACUUUUCCUGCUUCUUGGUGACCUGGAGCGGCAGACGCAGGCCGUGCCUAAUUACCAGAGUCGGCUGUUCUGGUCUUCUUGUGGGCACCCUGGACGUGGUAUUGGACUCCAGUGCCCGCGUGGCCCCUUACCGAAUCCUGCACCAGACCCAGGACUCGCAGGUCUACUGGACAGUGGCGUGUGGUUCUUCCCGCAGAGAGAUCACCAAACACUGGGAAUGGCUGGAAAAUAACUUACUCCAGACGCUGUCCAUCUUCGACAAUGAGGAAGACAUCACCACCUUUGUCAAGGGCAAGAUCCACGGCAUCAUCGCAGAAGAGAACAAGAACCUGCAGCCGCAGGGAGAUGAGGACCCUGGGAAGUUCAAGGAGGCUGAGCUGAAGAUGCGGAAGCAGUUCGGGAUGCCCGAAGGGGAGAAGCUGGUCAACUACUAUUCCUGCAGCUACUGGAAGGGCCGUGUGCCCCGGCAGGGCUGGCUCUACCUGAGCGUCAACCACCUGUGCUUCUACUCAUUCCUGCUGGGGAAGGAAGUGAGCCUGGUGGUGCAGUGGGUGGACGUCACGAGGCUGGAGAAGAAUGCCACUCUGCUCUUCCCUGAGAGCAUCCGUGUGGACACACGGGACCAGGAGCUCUUCUUCUCUAUGUUCCUCAACAUUGGUGAGACCUUCAAGCUCAUGGAGCAGCUGGCCAACCUGGCCAUGCGGCAGCUGCUGGACAGCGAGGGCUUCUUGGAGGAGAAGGCGCUGCCCCGGCCCACCCGGCCACACAGAAACAUCUCAGCUCUGAAGCGAGACCUGGACGCCCGAGCCAAGAACGAGUGCUACCGGGCCACAUUCCGGCUGCCCAGGGAUGAGCGCCUGGAUGGCCACACAGGCUGUACCCUGUGGACCCCGUUCAACAAGCUGCACAUCCCUGGCCAGAUGUUCAUCUCCAGCAACUACAUCUGCUUUGCCAGCAAGGAGGAGGACGCCUGCCACCUCAUCAUACCCCUGCGGGAGGUGACCAUUGUCGAAAAAGCUGACAGCUCCAGUGUCCUGCCCAGCCCUCUGUCCAUCAGCACCAAGAGCAAAAUGACCUUCCUAUUCGCCAACCUGAAAGACCGUGAUUUCUUAGUGCAGAGGAUCUCUGACUUCCUCCAGAAGAUGCCGUCCAAGCAGCCAGGAGGCAGCAGCGGGGGAAGGAAAGCCAGCACCACGGACGCGGCCCUAGAGCACCCUCUGGCUCUAGCAGAGGCCACAGAUCAGCCCAGCCCCACCACCCCCCUGGGGGGCCGCCAGGGCUCCAGUGUGCAGGAGGCACCGACCGCAUCCCAGGGGCUGCUUAAACUCUUCCAGGGAAACUCUCCCAUGGAGGACCUGGGGGCCAAGGGGGCCAAGGAGAAGAUGAAAGAGGAAUCAUGGGACAUUCACUUCUUCGAGUAUGGCCGCGGCGUGUGCAUGUACCGCACAGCCAAGACUCGGGAGCUGGUGCUGAAGGGCAUCCCCGAGAGCCUCCGUGGGGAGCUGUGGCUCCUCUUCUCUGGGGCCUGGAACGAGAUGGUGACUCACCCGGGCUACUACGCUGAGUUGGUGGAGAAGUCCAUGGGGAAGUACAGCCUGGCCACAGAGGAGAUCGAGCGAGACCUCCACCGCUCCAUGCCCGAGCACCCCGCCUUCCAGAACGAGCUGGGCAUCGCUGCCCUCCGACGGGUGCUAACUGCCUAUGCUUUCCGAAACCCCACCAUCGGCUACUGUCAGGCCAUGAACAUUGUCACCUCUGUGCUCCUGCUCUAUGGCAGCGAGGAGGAGGCCUUCUGGCUGCUGGUGGCCCUCUGUGAGCGCAUGCUGCCUGAUUAUUACAACACCAGGGUGGUGGGGGCCCUGGUGGACCAAGGCAUCUUUGAGGAGCUCACGAGAGACUUCCUGCCCCAGCUCUCAGAGAAGAUGCAGGACCUGGGGGUGAUCUCCAGCAUCUCUCUCUCGUGGUUCCUGACCCUCUUCCUCAGCGUCAUGCCCUUUGAGAGCGCUGUGGUCAUCGUAGACUGCUUCUUCUACGAGGGCAUCAAGGUGAUCCUGCAGGUGGCCUUGGCCAUCCUGGAUGCCAACAUGGAGCAGCUGCUGGGCUGCGGCGAUGAGGGCGAGGCCAUGACCGUCCUGGGCAGAUACCUAGAUAAUGUGGUCAACAAGCAGAGUGUUUCUCCUCCUAUCCCACACCUCCAUGCCCUGCUGACUAGUGGAGAUGACCCGCCAGCAGAAGUGGACAUCUUCGACCUCCUGAAGGUGUCCUAUGAGAAAUUCAGCAGCCUGAGGGCCGAUGACAUCGAACAGAUGCGGUUUAAACAGAGGCUGAAAGUGAUCCAGUCCUUGGAGGACACGGCCAAGCGCAGCGUGGUCCGAGCUAUCCCUGGGGACAUUGGUUUCUCAAUUGAAGAGCUGGAGGACCUCUACAUGGUGUUUAAGGCCAAGCACUUGGCAAGUCAGUACUGGGGGGGCAGCCGGCCCACUGCUGUGCGUCGGGACCCCAGCCUGCCCUACCUGGAGCAGUACCGCAUUGACGCCAGCCAGUUCCGGGAGCUCUUCACCAGCCUGACGCCCUGGGCCUGUGGCGCCCACACGCCAGUCUUGGCAGGGCGCAUGUUCCGGCUCCUAGAUGAAAACAGGGACUCUCUGAUCAACUUCAAGGAGUUUGUGAUGGGGAUGAGUGGGAUGUACCAUGGGGACCUGACCGACAAGCUCAAGGCCCUCUACAAGCUGCACCUGCCCCCAGCCCUGAGCCCGGAGGAGGCUGAGUCAGCCCUGGAAGCUACCCACUACUUCACGGAAGACAGCUCCUCAGAAGCAUCUCCUCUGGCCUCAGAUCUGGACCUUUUCCUGCCCUGGGAGGCUCAAGAGACUCUACGGCAGGAAGAGCAAGAAAGAGGCGGAAAUGAAGACAGCCAAGAAAAAAGAGGAGAGGAGAAGGGAACCAGCCCUCCCGACUAUCGGCACUACCUUCGCUUGUGGGCCAAAGAGAAGGAGGUUCAGAAGGAGACAAUUAAGGAUCUCCCCAAAAUGAACCAGGAACAGUUCAUUGAGCUGUGCAAGACGCUGUACAAUAUGUUCAGUGAGGACCCCAUGGAGCAGGCCCUGUACCACGCCAUCGCCACCGUGGCCAGCCUACUGCUCCGCAUCGGCGAGGUGGGGAAGAAGUUUUCCGCCCCACCAGGCAGGAAGCCCAGGGCUGGUGCCGCUGAGGAAGACGAGCCACCAGCCCCUGACCCCACACAGGACCCAGCCCUGGAGCUUCAGCCUCCAGCUGCAGGAGACCCCCAGGCCAAAGCCGGUGGGGACACCCACCUCGGGAAGGCUCCCCAGGAGACCCAGGUGGUGGGUGACGCGGGUAGUGGUGAGGGCCGGGGCUCCCCGUCCCAGCUGCUGUCCGACGACGAAACCAAAGACGACAUGUCCAUGUCCUCGUACUCGGUGGUCAGCACCGGCUCCCUGCAGUGUGAGGACCUUGCCGAUGACACGGUGCUGGUGGGCGCGGAGGCCCGUGGCCCCCCAGCCCCCACCCGUGGCGGGGGCACUGUCGACACGGACUGGUGCAUCUCCUUCGAGCAGAUCUUGGCUUCCAUCCUGACAGAGUCCGUCCUGGUGAACUUCUUUGAGAAGAGGGUGGACAUUGGACUCAAGAUCAAGGACCAAAAGAAGGUGGAGAGACAGUUCAGCACCUCCAGUGACCUCGAACAGUCUGGAGUUUCAGGCUGACAGGGACCUGGCCUGUCUCUCCUCCCCACCCCCUCCUCCCUCCUGUUCUGUUUGCUCUCUCAGGACACACCUCUCCUGUUCUCCCUGGAUGCAGUGAGCUGUAAAUGGAAAAAAAGGCAGAGUAGCCACAGUAGGGCCCAGACAGAGGCUCCCAGCCUCUUCUUCCUGCCUGCCUGGCGGGACCUGCCUUGGUCCCUGUGUCAUCGUGUCAGAGGCUGCCCAUCCUGGCCUGCUUGCCCAGUGCCUCUGUGCCCCAUUCUGUGGCCAGGCCACACUGCACUUUCCACACUUGGGGUGAGGGGGUGGGGGUCCUGGUGCUCUCUAGGAGCCUGGAGCCUGAGCCCCUGGCUCAGCCCCUGGGGUGCACCAGAGCGGACCAUGAGAGCAUUACUCUAUAUCCUCUCUCAGCUCGUCAGCCUUACCGUUUACCUUACAAGCACAUCCCUCAGGUCCUGCUAGAUUUCCUUGUAUUCAUUUCGGUUGGCAGAAAAUCACACUGUGCGCAAUGCCUUAAUAAACCCCCAAAAGAACUCAAUACCACACUGUGUACAGAGCCUUCAUGUGGCCUCAGCUACUGCUUGGCUUCUGGCUUCCUCCCAGGUGGGGGCCCAGGACAUGUUCCAGGGGUUCUAGCCACUCAGACCCCCACAGGGGUGGGGCUUCAGGGCCCCCAGGGAGAAGGACAACACAGAAGGUGCUGCUCCAGGCCCAGAAGAGCUCAAGCUGACGUCUGCCAACGGGGGAGGUCCCAAGCUCCACAGGUACAAACAGCCUGGGCCGAGUGUGCAGGUGUGGGCUUGGGCCUGGACUUGGGCUGUAGCAAGCACUUGGGUUCAGUAAGGUGUUGUGGUGCCACAGGUGACAGACUGAGCCAAGAGCACCCCCUAGCUUUGCAGCAAAAGCUGAUCUUCAGUGUCUAACGUUCAGCCCCCCAUCCCCACCACAUGGGACAGCUCUUCUACCAAAAGAUACAUCUGAGGGACACCUUGGUGGCUUAGUUGGUUAAGCGUCUGCCUUCAGCUCAGGUCAUGGUCCCAGGGUCUUGGAAUAGAGCCCGGCAUCGGGCUCCCUGCUCAGCCUGGAGCCUGCUUCUCCCUUUACCUGCAGCUUCCUCUGCUGGCUCACUCUCUCUGACAAGUAAAUAAAACCUUAAAAAAAUAUAUACAGAUCUGAGGCUGGGAGGCUUUUUCCUCUGUUUUUGUUGUUUUGUAAGUAGGCUCCGUGCCCAGCCUGGAGCCCAGUGUGGGGUUUGAACUCCCGACCCUGAAAUCAAGACCCUAGCUCAACUCGAGUAGAUUACUUUACCAAGUGAGCCACCCAGGCACCUCUGUUUUUGUUUUUGAAUUUAAUAGCUUUAUUGAGGCAUAAUUUACAUGUCAUAAAAUUCACUUAUUUUGAGUUAUAAUUCAAUGAUUUUGAGUAAAUUUAUAGUGUGACUAUCACCACCAUGCAAUUUUAGAAUACUUCCAUCACCUGAGACAUACCCUCCUACCCAUGUGCAGCAAAUCCCUGUUUCUACCCCCAGCCCUAAGCAACUGCUAAUCUACUUUCUAUCUUUAGAUUUUAUGGCUGGUUGUUUAAAUAACAGUCUCCAUGAUUUUACCUUGUUCACAGCUGCUGGGUCUCGUCUCAGUAAACGCAGCAAAACAACAGCAAGGAAACUGAAUAACUUGGCUUUCUUAACAACAACAAAAAAUGUCAAUCAAUGUAACUUCCUUUCUAGUAUUUACACAAACUGACUACAUGCUUUGCCAUAAAGUAAUUUCAAAGGGCUCAAACCAGAAAGACCAUAUUCUUGGCCAUAAUGAAAUUAAGUAAAGAUAAACAUAAAAAUUCUACAAAGUUGGCAGUUUUAAGUCUUAAAUUGCAAUCAAGUAGAUUUAAAUAAUGUGAAAUUUGGAUAUGUAUUUUAUAUAUCAUGUGGAAGUCUAAAUGUAAGAAUAUCCCAAAGAAACUGAAGAAUAUAAAACAGGAAUCUAGCCUUUCAUAUGAUAAAUGAAAUAAAAAUGUACAAUAGUA